AUGAUGUCGACCACCGCCACGCCUUCGCUCGAGUUGUGUGGCUUCAGCACUGACCGUGGCUGUUUCCUGUUGACUGCAGCGCGUUCCGACUGCGCUGGUAGCAGCCACAGCCCUGACUUGACAUCUGGAACGGCAAUUUACAACUUGGAACGCGAGUUUGUCGACUUGCAGAGCUGGGACCGUCUCUUGCGUCACGCCUCCACUGGCCAGCGGCUACCGACCAAGCGUUUGCGCAAACUGAUGGCAGUAAAUUGGCUCCGAGGUGACACAGCUGCAGGAUGGCGGCGAGACAUGCAGAAAAACGUGAGGGCGUGCGAAGACUGGCUUAAUGUCGCGUUCGUGCAGCUACCAGUGCAGCAGCAGCGAGAGUUCCUUCACGAAGGUAUGUACGCUGCAAUGAAGCUCAAACGAGCAGCUGCUCUCGCGGACAGCAAACGCGCCCGGGAGUUGCAGCAGUACUUUAGUAGCACCGAGAUGGUGCAGCUAGUAGUGACGAGCGUGCAGGCAUACUUGAAGCAGCGAGCCGUAGUGUGGCUCGAACCGUCCUGUGGUGAUGGUCGGUUCCUCACGGCACUGCUACGAGCGGGCGCGCAGCAUGUUGUGGGCUACGAGAUCGACUCAAAGCUGCAGAGUCUUGCCGAGCGAAACGUACGGCUGGCAGCGUCGGACAUUGCUGGAGUUCCAAGGUCUUUUUCAGGAGAAGGCAGUAGUAGUGUUCAAGCACAGGUUUAUCUGGGCGACUUCCUCACUUCGAAGUGUUGCGUACCUGCAGAUAAGUUUGUAGUAGCGGUUGGCAACCCGCCAUUCGGUACAAAAGGCAAGAACAGGACCGACCUCGUGCACGACUUCUCCCGACAUGCUGCGAGCGAGUGGAGGGCUCGUGUGAUUGCGUUCAUCGUGCCAGAAAGGUGCAGUCGCCCUUCGUUCGUCGAGACUACAUUGCAGCAGCUCAAUUGCCAGCAGAUGGACACUGAGACGGUGGCCUCGUCCUGGACGUUGGCAAUGGAGCUGCCGCUCACCGACUACGAGUUUGAGUUUGGAGCACGCGAGGCACUCAAGCGCGUGCGGCAGCCCAGUCUGCUGCAGCUUUUCACUUGUGACAGGUCAUGA